AUGGCGAGCUCAUCUAGCUCUUUUCGGGUACACGAUACCGUAAAAAACGGAUCUGUGGUUAUUGAAGCUCAAGAAUCAGUUGAUUCCGUUCACGAUGUUUCUGGGGAUGUCAUUGAUGAUGGUCUGCGAAGAGGUCUGAAGGGCCGUCAGUUUGUGAUUAUUGCGUUGGGGAGUAUCAUCGGUCCUGGUUGUUUCUAUGGACUCGGGUCUGGGCUUUAUGAAGCUGGUCCAUUGGGCUUAUUGAUUGGGUUCUCUCUUGUUGGACUGUCUGUGUGGAUUUUGAUGCAGAGCGUAGGAGAGGUUGCCACACUAUUUCCACUUCAUGGUGGAUUCGUUGAACACUGCGACCGUUUUGUAGACCCGGCUAUGAGCUUUGCGGUGUCAUGGCUCUACUAUUUCAUGUGGAGCGUGUUUCUAGCAGCUGACUGGAACAACGCAACUGUCUUCCUCCAAUACUGGAUCCCUGAUACCAGUGUCCCAACCUGGGCUUGGUACAUAAUAUUCUUCGUCUUCUUCAGCGCAUUGACGACUCUCGGAGUAAAUUUCUACGGCGAGACAGAGUACUACUUUGGAAUGUUCAAGUUCCUUUCGCUUGUUGUUCUGUUCUUCAUCUCUAUCCUCGCUGAUGUCGGGGCCUUUGGUAACGGAUACGUUGGGUUUAGAUAUUGGACAGAACCAUACGGGCCCAUCCGAAAUGGCAUCAAUGGCUUCGGACAGGUCUUUGUCUUGGCCGCUGCGUACUACGUUGGCACCGAAAUUGUUUCAGUGGCUGCGGGCGAGUCCAAGAAUCCUCAACGCGAUAUUCCGCGGGCUACUAAUUCAAUUCUUUAUCGCAUUCUGUUCGUGUUCAUCGGCAUGUCUUUUUUCCAGGGUUUAAUUUGUCCUUCCACAUCCGACGACUUGCUCCACGCAUCAACCGAUACUGCCUCAUCUCCGUUUACCAUUGGCUUCCAACUAGCUGGCUGGAAAUCCGCUGGAAACUUCGUCAACGCGAUCAUUCUGAUUGCCUUCGUUUCUGCUGCAAAUGGCGUAGUCUAUAUCCAAUCCCGAACGCUAUACUCACUAGCCUUGAAGCGAAAAGCACCAUCCAUCUUCGCAGCGACCAGUGCCCGAGGAGUCCCAUACGCCGCAAUUAUAUUCUCCAAUAUGUGGGGAUUUCUUGGCCUCAUGUCCCUCCAAACGACAGCAGGCAGUCUUUUCCUCUAUUUCACUUCCUUUGGCGGGACAGCAGCAUACAUUGCCUGGGCUGCCAUUACCUUCGUUCAUAUUAGAGUCCGAGCAGCGGCGAAGAGACAGGGUAUAUCGCCGAGGGAGUUCCCAUUCACAGCUCCAGGCCAUAUAUCGCUUUAUUGGGGGAAUCUUUUCUUCAAUCUUUUCCUGUUGUUGAUUCAGGGGUUUACUGCGUUUGAACCUCCAUUUAACUAUCAGUCUUUUAUUGCUUCCUACAUCAGUAUCCCAUUGGCGCUUGUGUUUUUCGUUGGUUAUAAAUGGUGGUUCAAGAGCAAGUGGGUAUCUUUGGAUGAUAUAGACUUCUCGAGUCGGCGUCAUUGGGCUGCGGAAGAUGAAGAUGGAGUGAAAGGCAGAUCAUGGUUUCGAAGAAUUUUGGAUGCCUUGAAGGAUUAG